GAAUCGAAAGUUAAAGCAACAAGAAAACCAACCACCAUGGCACUGCCAGCGUAUUUGAAUUUCACCAGCAACAUCCGGACGCAUGCAAUGUUCGUGGGUGUAAUGCUGACGUUGGAUGCGAUCGUCACCCUGCUGAUACGAGCUGCCUGGAAUGUUAAACCAGAAGAUCUUCCGAAAGAGUUACAACACGUCGCCCAUUUGAAGGAUGUUAUUCUCGGUGUGGGCAUCGUAAAUGCAGUCUUCGCGAUCGUGUUCUGGGUUGGUUUCCUCAAGCGUCAGCGAUGGUGCCUCACCGUGUUUAUCGGAUUUCUGGCCGUAGCUAUCACGCUACAGUUCAUAGGGCUUCUUGGUGCGAUGCUUCAGCUGAACUUCGUCAGUGCGUGUGCAAUGCUGAUCGUGCUAGGCAUAAACGGGUACGUACUGCUGGUGACUCUUCAGCUGCGCAAAGUAAACUCGGACUUUACACUAUCACAGGAUGGAUUUAGUGCUUAAGCAGCGAUGCUGUGUUUCUUCGUGUUGUGCUGCAGCAUUAAAACACAACAUUAGCUACAACAUUACAACCAGUGUCAUGAUGCGUUGUUUUUAAUUACAUUUUAGUAGUUUAGAACAUACUCUGUACAUCCAUCUGCUCACCAAUAAUCAGUUCCAAGCCCAACUGAAUUCACAA